CCCGGAGAUCAUGCGGUGCAAAGCUUGAGAUAAGAGGGCAUAGAAACGAUACGUUUUCACUCUUUCGGAUUCAAGAAGGAAAGUUCAAAAAUGGCGGAUGCAAUGAGGGGCUUCACCAUCAACAAACCGCCGCACCUUCGCGGUCACGUCCCAAAGAGAAGAUUGGACAUGAACCCAUCUUCAAGACUGCUUGAAAUGAGGAAGAGCAAAAGGGCCUCUCUGUGUAAAGUGAAUGCCUUUCCAGAUUGGACUCUGAUGGCGGUUUUAGUCGAGCAGGUUGAAGGCCAGAGGGAAUUCAUUAGCAACAAAUCAAUAUGGCACCUCAGUGAUAAGGCCCUGAAGAAUGUUUAUACUUUCUACAUCAUGUUCACUUGUUGGGGAUGCUUGUUCUUUGGCUCCACAAAAGAUCCGUACUAUGAUUCGGAAGAAUACAGGAAAGAUGGAGGAGAUGGUACUGGUCACUGGAUGUAUGAGAAGCAAGAAGACAUUGAAGAAUCAGCUAGAGCAGAGCUAUGGCGCGAGGAGUUGAUCGAGGAGAUUGAACAAAAAGUAGGAGGGCUUCGAGAGCUGGAAGAAGCUGGAAGAAAAUAAGGGUCUUAAUCCGCAUCUUCCCGGCAUUUAACAUACUCCAACUCCAGUCAUAGUGAUUCCUAUUGAAUUCACACCUUGCAGAUAUCAUUGUAUAUAUGGUUCAGUCUUUGGAUGAUCAUUGAGUAUACUACAAGGAUCACUAUCGGCACCGCGAUAACACAAUAAAGAAAUGCGAUACGGAAACUGAG